CCUUUAGAAUAUAUAUCAGUGAGGCCAACAGAAAGUGUACACACUAGUUAUACUGUGCUAGUUAUACUAUGGUCAAAGGUUAUUUUGGCUAUAUUGUUUUCUGACGCACAGAAGUUAUUUUAGGUCUAGUUUGGUUAGAUUGUCGUUUCACUUUGGAAUUAAGAAAAAAGAAAAGAAAUAUAUACCGUAAAAUAUAUCGAAAUAUUGUGACGAAGCGUGAAGCAUCGUCAUGGGUUGCGACGGUGGUACUAUUCCUCGUAGGGACGAACUCGUGAGGGUGAAAAGAAAACCUGAACAGAAAGACAAAGAAGCGGAGUUGGCUUUCAAGUGGAGACACUGUACGAUACGACAAUUGCCGCUGCAACUACCGAUCGUGGGUUGUAGCUUGGGUCGUCUGUACAGCAAGGAAUCCGUGCUGGAAGGUCUCUUGGAUCGUAAUACCCUUCCGGAGUCUGCUAUACACAUCAAGAACCUGAAGGAUGUGAGGAACCUUAAUUUAACACCGAACCCAGCGUUCGAUGGCGACAAGGCUGAGAAAGGGGACGGUUACAACGACGGCGGGAAAAGCCCGUACAUUUGCCCAGUCAUUGGUUUGGAAAUGAAUGGGAAAUAUAAAUUCUGUUUCUUAUGGUCGUGCGGCUGCGUAAUGAGUGAACGUGCCCUUAAAGAAGUAAAGAGUGCACUGUGUCACAAAUGUCAGCAACCGUUCGAAGAGACGGACAUAGUCAUAUUGAAUGCAGAGGGGGACGAUCUGGAUCUCGUGAAGGAGCGAGCAGUGCUCAGGAAAGCUGAUCAAAAGAAGUCGAAGAAGAAGAAGUUGGACGAUAAUGUACCAGCAGAAGAGAAGGUGGACGAAGUAUCCAAAAAGAAAGUGAAGAAGGAGGACAAAGUGGUCCCUAAAUUGAAUAACAAUCACAAGGGAGCCGUUGAUCCUGCUUAUAAAAAAGCUAAAAGCGAUUACAGCGUCGCAAAGGAUCCUAAAGCAUCGGAAGUUUUCAAAAGCAUUUUCACUACUCAUAAAUCGGCUACGGAGCAAGAUAAAGCACACUGGGUUACUUAUAAUCCGUUUUACAAUUGAAGUACAUAAAGUAGAAUUAGAAAUUAUGUCUUUAGAGAUAGGAAAAUAUGUAAAAAGCGAAAAGACAAUUAUAUAUUGUAAUUGGUAACUUAAAUAUUUUAAAAUGUAUACGCGAAAUGUUUAAUGUCAUUUAUGUUAUUUCGUUAGGGUUGAUUAAUAAAAGUAAAACCGUUAGU